AUGUCGGGGAUGGGCCAGAUAUAUGAAAUCACUGAUUUUGAAAAAUGCCACAUUGAUCCUUGCUUAGGAUACAUGCGUAGCUCGUGGUUUGAUAAUGUCCUAGGUAUCGUCAUAUCACCUUCACCACAUAUCAUCCAAGUGGCUUUUCUUGAACUUUCAAGUGCACUUGAGUAUAACCAAUUAGUUACCUUUGAUGCAGUUGCCAGGCCGUUGAAAGUUGAGCACUACAAUGAUAGAAAUCCAAAAUGCAGCUUGAGAGACCGCGGUUUGCCGGCUAUUAGGGACUUGCCCAGUGGCUGUGUAGCCGAAGCGCUGCGAUUCGCGGCUUCUAUUGGUCGGGAUUUCCACGGCAAGAUUCCCGCCGCAGAUUUGCACCAAGAGCACGUGUUAACGGACGACGACGACCUGGUUUCGGGAACGCCUGAACAUCUCACCAAUCCACGACAACAAAUAGGAAGAUGCAAUGAACUAUGCGGGGUGUGGGCACCUAUUUCACACAAUUUCUUUUUCCAGGUGGGUUUCUGGGGAGUCUUGCCGUCUGGGGAGUCGAACGGCGGAUCCAUAAUUAUGGGCAAAUCGAACCCUCAAUUCACGGCAAUCGGCACCGCCCAAGUCUCGAACAAUUUCUAUGGAGACAAAAGCUAA